AUGGAGCAGGCGAGGACGACCAAGACGCAGAGGACGGAAGACGAGGAACACGAGGGUGGCGGGAUGCAGCGAGUCCCGGAGGAAUGCCUGGCGAUGGCCAUUGGCCUGACCUCACCGGCCGACGCUUGCCGCGCCGCCGCGGUGUCCGCGGCCUUUCGGUCAGCGGCGGACUCCGACGCCGUGUGGGAGCGGUUCCUGCCGCCCGACUGCGACGCCAUCCUGGAGCGGGCCGUCCACCUCGUAGACUCCUCCUCCAAGAAGGAGCUCUUCAUGGACCUCAGUGACGAACAUGUCCUCCUCGACGAUGGCAAAAGGAGUUUUGGGCUCCAGCGAUCGACUGGCGCCAAAUGCUACAUGCUAUCUGUGAGCGACAUGGGAAUCGCUUGGGGUCAUACAGAUCUUUACUGGAGAGAGUUGUCGGACCCAGAUGCACGGUCCAAGGUGGCAGAGCUCGUGUCAGUGUGCUGGCUGGGCUUGUCUGGCCGAAUCAGCAGUAAGGAGCUCUCACCAGGCACCCACUACGCAGGCUACCUCGUCUUCAAGCUCACACACGACGCCCACGGCCUGAGCGCCCCGCGCCAGGUUUCAUAUGUUGAGGUAGACGGCCAGGUGGUGGCGGGGAGCGUCCGCACGCCGUCUUUCCAUCCCUGCAACCGUGCCGCUGCUUCCUGCGGCGAGGCCGGAGAGCCGCACGAGCACGCGGAGGAGGACGGCGUAGGGGGCGUCAGGAGGUACCCAAGGCAACGGGACGACGGGUGGCUGGAGCUGGUGAUCGGCGAUUACCACACAGGCACAGGUGAUGAUGAUGUAGGAGCAGAUAUUAAGAUGGAACUGCAUGAGUGGGAGGAGCUCAAGUGGAAGAAGGGGCUCAUCAUCCAGGGAACCGAGUUCAGGCCUAAACAAACUUAG